UUUAUUUUGUAAUCUAAGCCUAAACCUAACUUGAUUAGUUGCCUACGUUCAGCUCCCUUGAAAACCAUCAAUCUUUGAGGGCGAAUAUCUCGGCCGUUUUUGAUUUUAGAGAAAAGUUGUUCCUAUAAAACAUGCUUAUAUUAGCGUAAUCUUUACGAUAAAACAAUAAUAAAUAGGUGUUAUAAUGACACCAACUCCAUCAAAAUUUUUUUAAGUCCUGCGCCCCCUUUGCUUUAGUCCAACCCCAAAUCCGUACUGGUAAGAAUUUUUUAAGUAUAAAUACCUACUUACUUACAUAUAUCCAUUUUAUUUUUUCUAAAAGGUUUUUAGUGAGCAAUAGAAGCAUAGGUAUCCAUAUAAUUUAUAAAGUAUGGCCCGUGCUUUUUUACUUGGAUUUGCGGAAGAAGAAAGAAAGAAGAAAGCAUUAAGAAUUGAAAGGCGACGCUUACGCGAUACUAGUGAUCCUUUACAGCUGCCUGAAAGAGAAUUUAUAGCGAAUUUUCGUUUGACAAAGGCUGGUUUUCAACUGGUGGUGGAGUUGUUGAAUCCCUAUUUACCAUUAUCUCGGCGAAAAACAGCAGUACCUAUCGAAUAAAUUGAAAGUAUUGGCAGCAUUAAGUUUUUAUGCAUGUGGCUCUUAUGACUUAUCAGAGAAAUGUGGGUUCAUCGUUUUAUUGUAACAUGUCCCAGGCAACAUUUAGUAAAUGUUUGCAUGAUGUUACAAAUGCAUUUAACACCCGAGAAGUACUCCAUAAGUAUAUCAACUAUCAAGUUCCCUAUGACUCAAAGAGAAAAAGAAAUCAUAAUAGCAGACUUGAGUGAAAAAUUUGGUUUUCCUGGAGUCCUUGGCUGCAUUGAUGGAACUCAUAUUGCCAUAAUCAGACCCACUGAUCAUGAAGAAACAUUUCUAAAUAGGAAACAUUUUCAUUCAUUGAAUGUUUUAAUAUUAUGUGAUUCCAAAUUAAACAUUAUGUAUGUGGAUGCAUCAUUUGGUGGUGCAGCACAUGAUUCCUAUGUCUGGAACCAUUGCCCAAUAAAGUCCCACUUGCAAAGACUGGGACGUAAUGAGCAUUGCUGGCUCUUAGGUGACUCAGGAUAUGCGCAACGACCCUGGAUGAUGACACCAAUAUUAGGAGCAGGAUCUGGGACACCUGAAGAAUACUACACCAACCUUCAUUGCCGUGUCAGAAAUACUGUUGAAUGGUGUAUAGGGGUAUUAAAAGCACGUUGGCGUUGUUUGUUGGCCCAUAGAGUACUUCAUUAUGAUCCAGUUACUGCUGUUAAAAUAGUGAAUGCAUGUGUUGUCCUGCACAACAUUGCAAAUAUGCAGAAUGCCGAAAUACCCGAAAUACAGGCUUCUGAUGCUGGAAGUGAACAUAUGUCUCAGGAUUUAGGGGGAAGUCCCAUGUCCCCAAGUGGGGUAAGGGGCAGAUGCAUUACACAUCUGUUUCCCUGAUCGAUUUUCUUUAGGGACAAGUAGGUGAUCAGCCUUCUGUGUCCUGCCAGACCGAGACAUUUUUUUUUCUUCGUCUCCACCGGGAAUCGAACCCAGGACCCCUCGGUUUUACGCUCACGCGUCAACCACUGUACCAAGGAGGCGGUCGAGGAUUUAGGAGAGGAUGCUAUAGUUGAGGUUAUACAAGAUCUUACCAGAGAACAAUAAGUACAGAGACUAUGGAUUUCAAGAAGAUGAUAUAUUAAAUAAAUAUUUAUUGUGUUUAAAAAUGUAUUAGUUUAAAGUGGUAUAUAGGAUGACUUUUAUGCGAUAAUGAGAAAAAAGAUAUUUCUAUUCUUUAUAAAUUUAUAUGAGAAAAAAGAUUUUUUCUAUUAGAGACUGUAUAAGUAAAAGUGCAAAUAUUGUUUUAAA